AUUAUUAUUUUUUUUCCAUUCAAUGUUAACAUCGUUGUGUCUUUGAAAUAUUAUAAAAAGCCGCAACUUUUGCAUGUUCUUCGCUAAGUGUUUUGUUAAGAACUUUAGUUAGUGUUUCACCAAAUGAAUAAAUCAAUCUUGCUAAUCCAAUUUUAGUCUCCGCGUUAAAUCAUUUGAGAAUAUUUACCAGAAUAAGCUUUGUCGAAUUUCGGAAGUCAAAUAUACGUAGCUAAGGCUACAAGUUUUGUACUCAACAAUAAAAGUGUUGUAAAGGAAAAGAAACUAAUUUAAACGCAAGCAAGUAACAACGUUGUUGAAAACGAAAAAGAAGUAUUUUUUGAAGAUGUCUUAUAAAAGUACGUUGCUUAUUGUUUGCAUUUUGUUUGGUACUAUUCUUGGAUUUGAUAUCAGUGAGAAUAGUGUCAGUCUUACCAAUGAGGACAAUAUCAAACUUUCUAGCGAGGUUCUAGCUAAAAAACAAGAGUCAGAACUGGAACAAUUACUUCAGACUUUUCAAAAGGAAAACCGUAAUUUUUCUCCAGAGUUGAAAAGAAGUGGAAACGACGAAAGCGUUAACUCAAACAAAAUUAGCGAUAAAACUAGUGAUGAUUUUUUACAGUUAAAAGAACUUUUAAAGGAAAUAGAUAAAAGAUUUAAGCAAGACGAGAGUUCAAACGUUAACGAUGAGUCGAUAAACUUUUUUGAAAAUUUAGAUUUAAAGCAAGAAAAAACUGAAAAUUCCAUUGAAAGCAAUAAAAUACGGAAAGAACUGAUUAAUAAUGAUAUUAAGAAACGUUUCAGCUUGUACAUGGAACAACGAAACUCUUUGAAGAAACUAGAAAAACUUCUAAAUGAUCUUACAAGUGUCUCCAAAAAUACUGAAAAACGAAGUCGCCCGGAUUGUAUAAUAUGGCAAGGCGACAAAUGCGUUCGGAUGUGUAGACCGUCAGUGUGGUGUGGUGGUUAACACCUUAUUUGUAUAAGUUCAACAUUUUUGUUGUAUACUUAUACAUAAAAAGAUUUUGUGUGAAUAACCAUGUGAAUAUAAAAUACGAGUGAGCUUUAAAAUUUGUUCAUCAUAGAAGCGAAGUUUUGUACA